GCUACAACCGCCUUUCCUCAAUCCAUACCUUCAUCUUCAAUUUAAAGAGUUGGUUUCUCUCUAAAUGCAACUCAUCUCCUUCGCAUACAAACAAUUUCAAACCUCUUGCUAGCUCAAAUCCUCAUACUCCUAAAGUCCUUAUAAAAAGUAUCAAACUGAUUUGCAAUUUGUUAGCCGGUCUGAAGUUUUAAAAGUUGAAACAAGGUUUGGUAAAGUGGUGUGAACUUCUUGAAUCUGAGUUUGUCUGAUUGCACCAAAUCCAUUUGAGAGAAAAAGCUUUCUGUUGAUUUUGGAUUCACAAAUGGUGAUUGGUUAAGACUUAAGAGAAUUGGAAGAAAAGAUGAUAGGGUUUUGCAUAGUUAUUGGAGUGGUGACCUAAGAGAAUGGAACCGUAAGUCAAUAAAAACAGUGGGUUCUGAAAAUACAGGAUAGAAUUGGUAGUCGAAGAAAGACGCUAAAAGAUUCCAGACCAAAAACUGGAAUCAAGAUUAGAAAGUUUGCGUAGUUGAGAUAUCAAAAAGAGGAAGGGAUUAACGUUGUUGUCUGAUUCUAACGAUUGACGUGGUGGUUGAAAGGAGAUGGUUGUCAGUGACUUGGUAAUGUGUGGUGAUCAAAGCAGAAUAAUCAACGACGACAUAUAAAUCACAUUCUUAUUCAGCACCGCUUGAUUAUUCGAUUUCGCCGUAAAGGGCGUUUAAACGGAUGCAAACGCAGCCGCAAACGGCCAGCCAUGCAAAAAGAAUCAUCGGCGGGGGAGGGGGCUGCGCGGGGUCCACAACCUGAUCUGGACGACGAGGAUGAAACUCGAACGACGAUAGAAACUCGAUCAGUAUCUCCCUGUAGCUCGGCGUAAACGAUAGCUCAAACCGUCGAUCCCACGGUGAAUCACGGGGAACAAACGCAGCCGCAAACGGCUGCGAAAUCGCUAUGACACACGAAACAACAGUCGCUAUGAAUCGUUUAAACGGUUGCGAACUGAUCCGGUUGAGCUUAACUUGCAGCCACCCACCGUGAUUAAUUACCGAGGGUUCUUGAUUCCCCCAAGUAUAUUAUUAUUCAGCACAAAUCACUUCAGGUACUUUAUUUUUUUUCUUAAAGUUUCUAUUUUUAAUGUUGUUCAUAAGUUGGGUAUUUAGGUUACUUAUUGUAUUGAAAAUUGGUUGUGGUUUUUGGUUAAAGCUAUUGAUUGUGUAUUUUCAGCAAUUUAGAUGACCCUUUUGUUUUGUUUUGUUUUGUUUUUUAUUGAUAAAAAUGGAAAAUUUUGAUUUGUUAUUAAUAGGAAAUAUUUUAUAAGAAGUAACAUGCCCCUUAAGUUUAUGAUCAUGUGAUUUUGAUGUGAAAAAAUUGAAAAGAGUAAGGUACAAGUAACAUCCCCUAUUAUGCACUAUUAAGAGAAAGGUGUUCUUCACUUCUUCAUCAAUAGUUUGCUAGUUUUAAUAGAUUUAUCGAUUUUCAUCUUUUAAUACAACUCGCUUACUUGAUGAUAACAGAAAAGUGUUUGUAUACAGCGCUGUUCGUCGUCUAGAUAUAAGGAUCAUAUUUGUUUUCAUCAUUAAAAAUCUUGAUUUUACGGUUUAAGGACACAAUCUUGAUUUUGUGGAUCUUGUUUGUAUCAUUUGAGUCAGGGUAGGAAAAGAGUCUAUUUCAAAUUUUCAAUACCAAAACCUAAUACACUUCGAUUUUCUGUUUGUGGGUCCGCGUUAUACGCAUUCGAAGCAACAAAGACAUGGUUAUUUGUCCCAUUUACUUGUAAGAGUAGGUCUAUAACUACCACCAAACUUGCCAUUUUUUCCAAAUUUUAGGAGAGUAAGUGAAACUACAUCUCAUGCUUUUUUACUCACAUAAGCGAUAUCGAUAGCAACAGUAGUGGUGUCGUGGUAGCUUUACGAAUCAUAACAAAAGAUUUCUUGAUUAUUGACAACACCUUUUAGUUGUAUGUGUGUCUCCAUAUAGUGAAAAAGGAGACUAUGGUUGCAAAGUCUUGUUGAACCAUGAAGGCUAUGAAGUGUUUCUCCUUCUCUUAUGGUGAUGAAAAUGGAGAACCGAAAACCCCAAAGUCAACUUCGGUCCAGUCCUCCAUGUCAAAUGGUCACGAGGGGAGGAAAUCAGGCUCGGACUUUACAUCAAUGGAUAUGUCCGAUAGUAGCACCGUGUCCUCCACACGGGUUUCAUUCACGAGUUUGACUCAAAACCCGAGUGGCAAAAGUUACAAUAACCUCAGGGAAUUUUCAAUUACCGAGCUGAAAACUGCCACACGGAAUUUUAGCCGGGCUCUCAUGAUAGGCGAAGGCGGUUUUGGAGGCGUGUAUCGGGCUGUCAUACGAAAAGCAGACGGUUCGGGCCAGAAGAUUGACGUUGCUAUCAAACAACUUAGCCGAAGGGGAUUGCAGGGCCACAAAGAAUGGUUGACAGAGGUAAAUGUUCUCGGGUUUGUUGACCAUCCAAACCUGGUCAAACUUGUGGGAUAUAGCUCUGAAGAUGAUGAAAGAGGGAUCCAACGCCUUCUUGUGUACGAGUACAUGCAAAAUAGGAGUGUUCAAGAUCAUUUAUCGAGGUUUCAAACGCCUCUUCCGUGGUCUACUAGACUCAAGAUUGCUCGAGAUGCUGCUCGAGGCUUAGCUUAUCUCCAUGAAGGAAUGGAAUUUCAGAUAAUCUUCCGAGAUUUCAAAUCUUCAAACAUUCUCUUGGACAAGAACUGGAAUGCUAAGUUGUCGGAUUUUGGGCUGGCCAGGCUCGGCCCGUCGGAUGAGCUAAGUCAUGUAUCAACAGCGGUAGUUGGGACAGUUGGAUACGCAGCUCCAGAAUACGUUCAAACAGGACGGCUAACAUACAAAAGUGACGUUUGGAGCUUUGGGAUCUUCUUAUAUGAACUUAUCACGGGUCGAAGACCAUUUGACCGUAACAAGCCAAAAAACGAGCAAAAGCUCUUCCAUUGGGUGAGACGACACCUUUCCAACGACCCUCAAAAAUUCCAGAAGAUUCUAGACCCUCGGCUUGAGGGGAAUUACUCAGUCAAAUCGGCUCAAAAGCUAGCAGCUGUGGCUAACAAGUGCUUGCAUAGACAACCAAAGAUGAGGCCGAAAAUGAGCCAAGUGGUGGAGAUCUUAAACACGAUCGUGGAAGAUGAGAGUGCCGAGAGCUUGGAGGAAUCAUCAUCACCGUGUUUUGAGGGUGCGGCGACACCAAAAAAUGGUGUUUUUGAGAGGUCAAUAACAGAGGGGUUAAAGAAAAGGCUUCUGGAUCCAGUUGUUGGAGAGAAUAAAUGGUUUGUUUGUUUGAGUCCUAAAGUUAUAAGCACUAGUUAGGGAAGCCUGAAUUGGUGCAUGUGAAAAUGGUUUGUAUAGGAAGUCUUCAAAUGAUACUUUAAUAUGUUAUAUGUGCAUUUCUGAAUGGUUCUUACAACUAAUAUGUAAUGUUUUAAAAUAUCAUUUGAAUGACAGGUGAUCAAGUUUGUAUGCUGUUGCUGCAAGUGAUCAUUUUUUUUUU